CUACAAAACUAUCAUAUUGGUGGGCGAUUGUCAGACAACAGCUUGAUUCCAGAAGGGAAAAGAUGUAACAGUUUUUAUCAGCAGACUCGCCCAGCGAGACUGCCUGGCUAGUGUUCGAGAUGACUUUAUUCUAUUAUGCAGCUAUGAUAUAUAAAAUGUAAAAACGAACUGUUGCAUUGUUAUAACUGAUGAGAAGACAAACGUUUUAAGAAAACAGUAAGAAGUAAAUACACAGCGUGAAGCAGAAGCAAAGACAGCUAGAGACAAAUUCUAGACGAUCACAAGGCUACUAAGAUAUGUAGUUAGAAAAGAUGCAUGGAUUGUACGUAGGAUGUGGCGACUGUUUUUUUCCAUGCCCGCUCUCCACGUCUGACAGAAUACUCAUGGUGCUACAAGUUUUGUGUUUCUGGAUCAAAUAUAUUUCGCAUAAACAGUGAUUGAAAGUUGGGUAAAUUUUUCUUAACUUAAACAUACAUUAUGCAAGAGCUAAAUCUGCCUAUUGCAGGUAUUUCUUUAGGCCCGAAAUGUUAUCUAAAUUAUUAAUUAGACAUUAAUUCACUUAUCCAGACCAUAUCAACUCUCGAUGUCAUCACUAGCCUGCGAUAUUUACUGAAUUGGAAUCCAACCUGCUGCUCAACGCUCAUUCAUGAUUAAAGAUUACAUCAAAAAUUGGAUUAUUGGCUGUUACCUCAUCAUAUUAUUUUUCUGCUUAUACAACGUCUGGUUAAUCCAUUCUACUAUAUCCAGGACAUCAAGUCCAUCCGAUCAAGGAAUUGUUAGAAUACUAGAUCUACAUGCUUCUUCUAUUGGACGCCGAAGACUAUCGUUAGUGAAAGAAUACCUAGCAAACUUGCCAUCGUAUUUUCAGCUACAUGACUUGAGGUCAAAGGUCAAUGAUGCAGGAUUUAACUGCACUGUUUCCAAAACGGCUCCAAGAUUUCCCGUAUGUGUUUACGAACCCGAAGCUGAUCAGUACAUAUCCGGUGCUUUGUUGUCGGGAGGUGUUUGGGAGCCAUACCUGACUAAAGUUUUUCAAAUUGCGUUAACGAAACAUCCAAAUGCUGUGGUCAUAGAUAUUGGCGCCAAUAUUGGAUAUUUUAGUUUACUCGCUGCUAAAAUGGGACAUAAUGUAAUCGCCGUGGAACCUGUGGCAGAAAAUGUUAGAAGAUUCCACAAAGGGGUUCAGUUGAAUAAUUUUCAAGAUAGCGUUAAUUUGUUAAAAAAUGCGAUGUCCAAUCGGCAUCAGAACGUUUCUCUGUCUGUAAAUAAAUCUAAUCAAGGUGGUAUAAAAGUUAUAGAAAAUGUACAAGAAGGGGAGACAAUUCCCACUAUAACUCUGGAUGAUCUCCUGUUUGUGAUGACGCCAAAUGAAGCUAUUAUAAAGAUUGACAUUGAGGGUUAUGAAUGUAAAGCUCUGAGUGUAUCGAAACAAUUCUUUAACACGAUUCACGUACCCUAUAUAUUCAUGGAAUGGCAGCAGAUGUUUAAAAAUAGACAUCAAGCGUCACCAUGUCCUAUCUCAUCAAUUCAUCAUCUGACAGAUAUGUUAGCUCGUAGAGGCUUUGUACCCCAUGAAGUACAUACUGGUAUAGAGUUAAACGUAGAGAGAAGUACGACGAUCUGGAGAGUUGGUGAUAUUUACUGGAGGCAUAAAUCCCACCCAUUGUUAAUACCUUCACUUUAACAUAAACAGUGAUGGUCUCAAUUACAGACUAGACUGAUACAAGUAAUACAAUCUGCAGGACUAGUGAUAUUAAAUGGAGAAAAAAAAAGUCACAGUCAUGCGCUUAAUAUAUCAACUCUGAAGCUACGAAGAAUUAACCCCUAACUUAAUUUACAGUUAUAAGUUUGCGAACGAAUCACUGAUAUAGUGAAGACAAAAGUGAUUCUCAGUGAUACAAUUGGGGGGGGGGGUAAAAAAAAAGGAAAUGGGUCCUUGAAAUAAUCCGAAAGUUGUAAUCGUCAAGCAAUAAACUGACAAGACUGGAUUGAAACUAAUGAAGGGCUAAUGUUUGAAAUGUGUUUAUGGAUUAAACAACUUUAGUUUCUACAGAGUCUUGUCUGCUCUUUUCUUUGAUUAUUACCUCCCUUGGAUUUUUUACAUAUAUAAAUAGAGAGAUGGUGGGGAAUCAGAUGGUGUCCUUCAUUAACUCAUGCCUAGGCCCUGGGUUCACAAAGCAUUCUCGGACUUUUGUUAAGAAUUUACUCAAACUUGUUCGCCUUGUUUUAUCUAAAAUAUUAUAGCCCUUUAUAAUAAUUUUGUUGUUUGAAUGUAUCAGAUACAUCAAUAAGAAAUUAUGUGGAAAGUUUUGUGUUUCUGGAUCAAAGAUAUUUCUCAUAAACAGUGAUUGAAAGUUGAGUAAAUUCUCAACUUAAGCCUGAGAAUACUUUGUAAACUCGGGGCCUGAUUACCACCAUAGGUUAAUUAAGCAGACACUCGGUACAGUGUUCUGGGGAGUUGGUAAAAUCUGUUGGAGACAUUACUGACAUAUCUUUACUUUAUAAUCAUAUCUGGAAACUUAACAAGCCUGGAAAUAAGGCAUCUGUCACAGACAAUGUCAGGCACAGAUUCAGGCUUUGUCAGGCACUAAACCUCUGGUGCCUGUCAUUUUGUCCGGCACUGAUUUGUUUUUUUUAUUGAUAUUAUUAAUACAUGUCUGGCACUAACUUGAAAAUUUCAGGUGCUAUUUCAUUAGUGCCUGACAUUUUGUCAGGUACAUCUAAAACCGUUAUUUGCAGGCCUGGGAAACAAAUUAACUUAUCACAAAAGUAUAAUUGGUCCACAACAGCAUUGUCCUUUAAGAAACUUGUUUAAUACUGGUUUUCAAGAAUGUUGAAAUAGUAGUCAUGGUGCCAAAUGUGCAAAAAUGUAAUUCUAGUUUUCUUAAAAAUGAAAUUCCUUUUGUAAGUCUCCACAUUAACUUACAAAACACUUUAUACUAAAUACAAUGAAAUUCUCUUUAUCCAUUUUUAAAUGAACUUUACUGAGCUGGUCUCGGACAAAUAUCUUAUAUGUAAAUAAUUUGUAAAUAUGAAUAUAAACAUUUCCUAUAAAUUCUUAUUUCCCACGUAUAUUUCUAUAACUGUAAAAUAAAAACUACACUGAUGAAUACAGUAGACUAAAACUGGACUUGUAUAUAUAUCAGGGUGAUUCUUGUAAUUUCGAAAAGUUAAAGGGCUACCCUCCAUUUAUGUUGGAAUUGAUGAGAAAAAAAAUGAAAAAAAAAUAUAUAAAGAAUAAAAAAGGUCGAACAAAAUGUGACUUUUUGGCAUUUUUUCAUUGUUUUUAUUUUUAUGGAAAAAAAUUACAAAUGACAAUAAAUGUUGUUUCCUGGUUAAUUAGAAUGUAAACAAGACAAAAAUAAUAUCUAUGAAGCUACACGAGUGAUUCCAGUGUUUUAUACCGAGGUUUGAAAAUUGGAGCAAUCAAGAUUUUUCAACUCUCUAGACUAUCGAAUGGCCGAGAUUUAAAUGGAUUUGAACAGCAGAAAGAAUUUAAAAUUUAACAAAAAGAUUUUAAAAUUUAACAAAAAGUUUUUAAAAUUUAACAAAAUUUUUUAAAAAUUUAACAAAUUUUUUUUAAAAUUUAACAAAUUUUUUUAAAAA